GAUCCUCUCCGUCACAGGAUGGAGAUAGUCAUCGAGAAUCCCAUGAAAUCGCCGCCACAUCCGCCUAAAACGCCGCCCCCGUUGCUACCCUUGACGAUGUCCCCGUGGAACGCGAUCGUCACUGCGUCGAGCACGCUGCCGUCGACGACGAGCCCCACGAUGCCUACGACUACCACCGUGAUGACGAUAACCAUCGCCGAGAAUCCCACCGCGAUUCCCAGUUACCCGCUGCCCAUUCGGUUCGCCUAUCGUGAGACCUACGCGAAUUCGCACCCCUACUGCAAUCCGUACACCACCGCGCGACGAGUCCAAUCGCGAGGAAGGCCGUACGACGAUCCCGACGGAGCACCGUCGUUGUCGGUACGACGCGUCGACAAGUCCGGAUUGCUGGGUAUCACGGAACCAGAGGCGCCGGGUACUAGAACCGGCCUAAGACCACCGCGAUUACUGUCCGGCGUGAACAGUGCUUCCGGAAUGUUAUCGCCGCGCAGGCUCGAGUGCGUAGGACAAUUGGACCCGGUGCCAGAAGUGCCCGGACAGGUGACACGCGCAAACGUAGCGCCAGGCGCCUCUAACGCGUUUUUAACUAACGACAUCCGGCUCGAUCCCUGCGAACCGUUGCCCGGCACCCUGGCAAGACCGAUCAAGUCGGCGUCGUUCGAUUCCCUCGAGUCUCGUCACACGUUGCAAAACUUGAACCGCGAGCUGGACGGCAUCGAGUUUUCCGACUUGUCAGAGGUCUCCGGUUACGCCUCGUCGUUCCGACUGCAGGAGAGCUGCGACGCGCGAAUUCGAACAUUGGGACGCUUAUCGAGGCUCGCGCACGUGACUACCAACGAAAACAGUGGCAAAUACACGGAGACCUGUUGCAACUUCCCGUUCGCCGAGCGGGGGACUCCGCAGUUUCCGGGAUUCGAGGAAACCUCGAGUCUCCCGACGACCAGAGCCACCGUGACCACCGCCACAACGUCGACGACCACCGUCGCAGUGUCCACGAUAAAGGAGAUCCGCGAGAAGGACAAGGACGUCAGUGAGGACGCGGGCAAGAAAAAAAAUCACGCGCCCGAAGAGGUGAGAGCCGAAGCGGAGGGUUGCGAGCACGGGGCUGAGGAUUCAUUGAAAGACGGUGAAUCCUCGCAGAGGGGCGACGAGUUUCAAACGCUCAGAGUGAUCAUACGAUCAGAACAAUUGUGAAGGCAGUUCGUUAGAAAUGAAACGGAAGCGAAGUAUAUCGUUCGAUGUGUAUUAUAUUUAAGUAGCGUAAGUGUGAACCGAAGAGAGAUGGACGAUCGAGUCUUUUCAGAGCGAGCGGAGUCUCGCGUUCAAAGGCUGACGCGAUGCCAUAAGAGGCCAUACCUUCGAGAAGCAGAGACAUUGUUGUUAAUGUAAAUGUUAUGUGGGAGACGUCGGAGCUCGAACGCCAGGUUCUAUCAUGGAACGCGUUCGGGUUGCGACGAGUUUUGUGUAUUUUGUACUUUUAUAUCGUGAAUGCCUCCGAUUACUGCGGUGGGUUACCUUGAAAUCACUAUUAUUUUAUAGAAUCAAUCAUUUUUAUUUUUCCAGACAGGAUUCUAAUUGAGAAAUUCAAAAAUUGAAUUCAAUUAUGAAUUACAGAAUUAUAUAUUAUUUCAUAGCGAUUUCCAGGUAACUGCACCGCCGUCUCGUCGGAGAUUUCUUGUACAUGUACCAUAACUUCGACUGCGCUGAGAAGCGCUUAGUAACGUAAGCAAUAAGUCUAAUGUUCAGAAGUGACACAGGCGUUUCAGAAAUCGUAUUCGAAGCACAGUUAUUAGAUCGUUCCAUGAUCGGAUUAUUUUAGAAAUUCAUCCUCGUUUUGCACACCGUACCGUUCGCAUUACGUUUGUGAAAGUAAUUGGAACGACGAGAUUUAUUAUGCAACGAUCUAAUAAAGAGUUUCGCGAAGAUCGGCGCCUGGUCAGAAACUUCCGAGCGUUCGUCUGUUGUAAAUAACGGUAAACGUAUCAGUACUUAACGAAGUGGAACACGUCCGUGGACAGGGCCUCGGGGAUUCCGAGGAAUUCCACGAGCCUCGUCCUCCUUUCGUUCUUCUCCUGUCCAGAGCGAGGGGAGGAGGAUGAUUAACCGUGGAGAAAGUGGAAUACUUAGAAGCCCGGCGUUCGUGUCACGCGUUAAGAUUUCUGGUUUCUCCUAGAAAUCGUCACGCUGAAUUUCGAUGACGUAGCAUGAAAAAUCUUGGAACAUCACAUCGUCGAAAAUAAUUUCGAAUCAUCCCGUGACAGUAAACGCGGGUGACUCUCGAGUAAACUUUUUAAAUUGCUUUACUACUACUUCACUUUUAUGGAGUUUUCAGUCCGCGGGAAACAGAAUCCGAAGGUUUUAACUUGCGAUAAUAUAUGGUAAUAAUGCAUGAGUUCAAAGUUGCUUUCGUCGAAGUGAGAACUUUUUCGUGGGACGUCGCGGGAAAUCGUCGGGACGAUUCCCGCGGGGAAGCCGAACUUUUGGAAGGCCGCGGCUCGAGGAACGCGGUUUUCACCCCCCCUGAACUAACGAUAGCUACGCUUUUAACGUUGAAAAGAUAUUACUUGGCCGCCGCAUCUACCGUGCGUCCCUUUCAUUUUGUAGUAUUAACGCGGCGCGUCUAGCAAACUCGCGCACCGUAGCGACCUUCGUUGAAGUUCUUAUUUUUGUACCGCCGCCGUUGCGAAACGACGUUCAUUCGUCGAUGGAAUAAAAAAAAAAAUAAUGAAUCGUGUUUCAAUUCUCGUAUUCUAGUACUCUCGUGUCAAAUAUACGCGCUAUUAGAAAAGAGUGCAGAUAUACAUAAAUAUAAAUAUAUAUAUAUAUAUAUGUAUACAUAAAGAGAGAGAGAGAGAGAAGAGAGAGAGGAGGAGAAAAAAAGGACCAGCCGGAUCGUAUGCGUUCGUUCCUUUCGACUUGUGAUCUCAUUUCUUCGCCGAAGAUGUUAAGAUGAAUUAAUUUCUAUCCUUCGGUAGGACGGGCGAACUCUGAUUUCGACCGCGGGACGGUGUCUCCUUUUAUUCGCUUUUGCAGUAUUCUAUUUUCACGUUGCAUUUUUCAUUCCCAGAAUACAUAUUCGAGUUCUUAAACGAAUUUACGCCUGGCACAGACUUAGAGACGCGUAAUUUAAAAAGCGAAAUAUCGAUUCUCUUAAAAACAGACCAGACGACUAUUGUUUCAAUAUAGAUGUGUGUUUCGGAGACCGUUUCUAGGUCUGCGGUAGGCAGUGAAAGAUUAAUAGCUCGGUCGUCGAAUUUGGACCGCCGCAUCGUCUCCGGAAGCGAUGGGAAAUAGAAAAAAAAACAAACAAAAAAAAUCACCGUUCUGUUAUUUUCCGAAACGACGAAAGCCGACCGACCGACCAAAUAUUACUGCCACCGGAAAACGGAAGCCUUUCAACCCUGACGUGCUGUACGUCGGUCGUGGGAGUGAUUUGUUGCGCGCGCGCGCGCGCCUCGCCCGGCGACGCGUGCGAACUUUUGAAAUUGAUAUAUAUCGACCGACAAACAUAAACAUAUAUAUCAAUUAUCGUCCAUUAUAGUUACGAUAUUAUUACGAAUUAUUAUUUGUACAAAUUUUAUGUUGCGAUAUAAAAUAAACGGUAAAACGUCUCUACGUGUA